AUGGAGGGUGGUAUUCGCCCAAAAAGGCAGUCAAUCCUCAUUGGACAACGUUCGCUCGAUGUCUAUGGCGAAGCUGAAAAAGGGCCAAAAUUUGUCGUUUGGGUUAUCAGUGUGUUCCGACGAUGGGGAUUUAUUAUCGCCGAUUGGUCAUGGACGGCUAUUAUUAUAUGUCUUAUUAUUUCUGCUCUAUCAAUGGUGAAAAUCGUGCUUACACCGCAACGAAACGAGAUCACAGGAUACACUCCUUAUGGAGCUCGUGCUAAGGACGAGUUCCUAGAAUAUCAGAACUUCUUCUCUUCCCAAGGUUUGCCAGUAGCUCCGUAUCUUUUCGUUGUCGCUAAGGAUAAUGGCAGUAUGAUAAGGCCAGAUUGCAUGCGUGAAACUGUGAAGAUCCUGAAUUAUGCGAUGAACAACAUCACGAUGCUAAAUCGAAUUACUGGACAGAACGAAAGCUUCAAUCAGUUCUGUGAUAGUUUCUGUCAGCUGAACGAACCUAUACGACAGUUUUACAACGGGUAUGUCAUCAUCACCGAACCAGGUGCUGAACCUACAUCGAGAAUAAAACUCUCCUAUCCUAUUUCUUCAGUAUUCGGCCGUACAUUCAGCUUACAGCCAAACUUCUUUGGAGUUGAACUCUACAAUGACACAGAUGAUGCAAUUCCUAGACUUCUUGGAGGCCCUGAUAUUGACACAGUGAUAAACGGCUCGGAUGUGGUGCCUGAACUUCCGCGCGUUACCAAUAUGAAGUCAGUAAAGAUGUUGGCAAUGCAGUUUAGAGCAGAGCACAAACCUGGAUGGACAGAUGCAGACGUCAAGGCGUGGGAAAUGAAAAUGACAGAAGUGUUUGAGCGUCAGUAUCAUUCUGAUAUCGUCAAAGUCUAUGCUUACUCCCAAUCGUAUGUCGAAGAAGAAAUGGUUCGAGGAGGAAUAAUAAUGAUACCGUAUUUGGUGGUCGGUUUCGCUAUCAUGUGUGUAUGCAGCAUAGUGUCUGUCAUGACCAGAGCAUUGUACAUGCACCAGGAGAACUGGUACAAGACCGCUCUGGCUGUUAUGGCAUGUCUCACACCUCUACUUGCCUGUUCUACGGCUUUGGCUGCGAUGUUCAUGUGCGGAAUCCGAUUCGCUUCUAUCUUAUGCGUUAUUCCGUUCCUGGUGCUUUCUAUAGGCGUGGAUUCUUCUUAUUUGAUGAUUCACGAAUGGCAGCGAGUCACUGAGCACAUGAGAGAAACCCCAAAGAAAAAGGACAGUGUAGGCCAUCGGAUGAGUGAGGUUCUUUCUGAGGUGGGACCAGCUAUUUUGAUCUCGUGUUUGACCAAUGUGUUCGCCGAUUUCGUAGGUUCGUUCACUUCAUCUCCAGAGAUCACACUUUUGUGCACCGGUAACAUGCUCUCGAUGUGCAUGGCUUUUGUGUAUCAGAUGACAUUCUAUGCUGGUUUGAUGUCAAUCGUAGGACGUUGUGAGAUUGAUGGUGACCUCGUGGAGAAGAAUAGAAUGGAGAUCAGCAUUGCAGAGAACCGUGUUAAUAUCGCUAGACAUCAUCGCCCCCUCACUCGGCAACCGUCGAAAUUCCACGAAGCAACUAAGCCGGUGAUUAGCAAAUUCAUGAGGGACUACGUGAAAUUCAUGACGACUCCGGCGGUAUACGUGGGCAUAUUCGUCAUCUACGUUUCAUACCUCGUCUUCAGCAUAUACGGAAUAACUAUAAUCAACAUCAGCUUGACAGCAACUAAACUGUUCGCGACAGAUUCUCCUUUGCUUGAGCUUGACAAAUAUCGUGUCAAGUAUCAAGUGCCUAGUUAUUCAAUGGCUACUGUAUUUGUAUCGAAUCCCGGAAACUUAUCAGAUCCUCAUCGGCUGCAUCGAAUAAACCAGUUUGUCGAGGAGAUGGAACAUCUUAAUGGAACAUGGGGUAAAAAUUGGGGUCCAGUUGGCACAAAGUUCUUUAUGCGAGACUACGCAAAUUUUCAGCAAACUUUUGCCGAUGCUGAUGAUGAGUUCACGGAACCAGAGGACAAUGUGGAAACCACAACAUCAGCUGUUGUGGAGGUGAAACACUUUAGUGAUGAUGAACUGAAAUACUUCUUAAAAUGGCCAGAGUACGACUACUGGGCUGGGUUUGUGAAACUCAGAAAUGGAACGCAUGAAGGAGAGGAGCAUCUUGACCGAUUCUUCUUCACCACUGGAUUUCAUGGAGAAGCGCUUUGCGAUUGGAAUCAGCGUGGGCAAAUGCUACACGAGUGGCGGAGAGUGGUGGACAACUUCAGAGAGUUCAAGCCCACUGUCUUCCACGAAGACGGAGUUUAUCUGGAUCUCAUCGACAACAUGACUACCGACACCUGGCAGUCAGUGCUUGGAACUCUUGUUGGUAUGGCUUUCGUGUGUUUUAUAUUCCUCAAUAACUUUUUCACGGUCGCUAUCGCCAGUCUAUCAGUGCUUUCCAUUUGUGCAGGAAUUCUGGGCAUCUUAUCUUGGUGGGGAGUAGAUCUCGACCCAAUCACUAUGGCCGCCACAAUUAUAUCCAUCGGCUUCUCCGUUGAUAUACCAGCACAUGUAUCAUAUCACUACUACCAAGCUUCACUCCAAGAAGGCCCUGCAUCCAGACCAGCUGAUCGGCUAGCGAACUGUCUUUCAUCUGUUGCUUUUCCUGCAGUUCAAGCUGCCCUCAGUACUAUACUUUGUGUUUGCAGCCUGUUAUUCGUCAACCUCUACAUGGCUCAAGUGUUUGUAAAAACAAUGGUUUUAUGUGUGGUGUUGUGUAAUUUGCACGGAUUGUUGUUUCUACCAGCGAUCUUGAUUAUGCUCGAUUCCAUUCGAUGGGCUCUCCGUCCCAAGGGAGCAGCUGCACAAGCAAAACUACCGCCGCAGAAAGCAUCCAGAACUAAGCAGAAAAAUGCUAGGAUCGCUCCCGAGAAGAGUUUUGUCACCGAUCGCCCUGAGGUUUGA